AACAUGAGUUUAGUCCAUCCCUAAACUUAAUUAGAGGGUAUAUAAAUGUUAUGAGCGGCACAACACACCUAAGUCCCUCACGGAAUCAGACUUUUUGAAUAGGAAAAAAGAGUGCAACAGAAAAGAUGGUUAAUGAAAAGUCGUUUCUAUACCUAUGGGUAAUAGUGUUCCUUGCACUGCUGGGGAAAUCAACUCAAAAUUGCCCGACCACCGUUGCGUUUCAUGCCAAUAGUUUAUCCAACACACAGCUACUGCCAGGGAACAAACUUGUAUUCAGGGUGAUUAAGGUGAACCAAGGUGGAGCAUACAACAGCCGUUCCGGUAUCUUUGUUGCUCCACAAAAUGGAACAUACUCCUUUAACGCACAUCUGUGUUUGGUUGCUGGUAACGCUCUUGGAUUUGAUGUCAUGGUUGGGUCUUCAGUCUACUCGUCGACAUAUGCUAGAGGUUAUACUGGUUGCGGGUGUUCAUCUGUGCCGGCUAUUGCAGUUCUUAAGCAGAACGACCAGGUCUAUCUACGAUGGAAGACGUAUUCGCACACAAGUAGUUCCGUCAUCUGUCAAAGUAUUCCUCAAAGUACCUUUACUGGAAUGCUGAUUAACUGAUGCUUUUAUAAAUGUAUAUGAUAUACCCUGUUUUCUGUGACUUUUCAUUGUAAAAUUUGGAAUAUUUUACUAUUUUAUCUUAUAUCUAAAUAAAACAUUUCUUCUUCUA